AUGAGGAACAGCAUUACGGUAGUGACGUUACUCUCCAUGGCCAUGCCGCUUGCCACUCCAGCUCCCGUCCCUGCGCAGCAAUUCCCAGGGUGGCCGUGGUUGGGAGGCGGAGGACUUGGAGCAGGAUCUGGAGCUGGAAGAUUCGAUAUCAGCAAAUAUUUCGGCGGGCUUUCGAAGUCGAGUAGUAGUAGCCCUUCCAGCUCGAGCAGCAUGACCAAUCUGUCAGACCUUAUCAAGUACUUUCAGGACCUGCAGAAAGCGAGCUCCAGCUCCAGCUCCAGCUCCAGCUCGAGCAGCACGACCACUCUGUCAGACCUUAUCAAGUACUUCCAGGACCUGCAGAAAGCGAGCUCCAACUCUACCAAUUCUACAUCGUCCAGUGCCUCGAAGUCCAGCGAUACUUCUGCCACUGACUACUGGAAAGCCUUUCUCGACUUUUGGAAGGCCGUCUACGAAGCUUACGAGAAGCAGCGGAUGUCGUCAGGCGGUGGAUCCAAUGGGAUGAAGCAGAUCAUCGCACAUGAAUUGUACGCUCUUACAACUUCUUGUCUCUCGUGCUUGUGGACUGUGCUGGGGGCCAAAACGGCUAGUGACGGCAAUCUUGGAGCCGACGACCACGCGGAGCGAUUGACUCUCCCAAUGCCAUGUCUACUGUCAAGCUGGGCACACUACUCGUAG